UAUUUCGGUAAACUGUGAUCUUAAAAACGUUUAGAGAAAUGUAUCUCUACGGGGAGAACACAACUUCCACCGUAGAAUGGAACAGUGUGGAUGUCAUGGUCAACGGACAGCUCCAGCACGGCAUUGUCGUCGGUGUCAUGCCAGAUGCGUUAAUUGUGGACUUUCGGUGUCCGUUGCAGCGCUCAGUCAUCGUACAGUAUGGCAGAGCGUAUAAGAGCUCGCAGUGGCCCGUGAUGCCAGAAUGGGAUUCUCUGCCGGUGGAACGCAGUGAUGUGCAAGUGCUGCUGCGCAUUCGUCCAAAUCUUGCGUGGAUCUGGUAUCCUGGCCGGCUUCACCACUACGACCAAGUGAAGGUGAAAGUGCGCCUACCGGGUCGCACCACAUGGGCCGUGCUGCCGCGAGGGCAGGCUCGCUUGCCGCCGUCGGCAUCGGAGAUGGAUAGCCGGCGCGUGCUUCCCGGCGACUUUAUGAUAAGCAGCCGUGAAUUGCCGGCUUCCUUCUGGGAUGGGAUCACGGUGCCGUUGUUGGCUAAGUAUAAACACUUUCUCGAUCUGGACUAUUGCGUGCAUCUCGUUGUCGCGACCAGCACAUCGCUGUUCUAUGUCAAGCGUCUGGACAGCCAACUGGACUUGCCUACCCCACUGGACCCCGUAUUUGAGAGGAAAAAGAGUGUGUUUUGCCCAUCAGACUUUCCGGAUGGCAGUUUUAGAGAACGGCUGAACACCCGCUAUAAUCCUCGGACACCGAUUCGACAAAAGCUGCCACUUGAAGACGGGGACGCACUGCACUUGCCAGUUUAGAUGCUGCUCGAGAUCUUUGGGUGUCUGGACACCAUCGGACGGCAGCGUUGUCGGCGCGUCUGUGCGCUGUUUAGCACACUUCCAAUGCUCGAAAAAUGGGGUAUAGAUGUUCGAGUUUCGAUGAACGAGAGGGGCUUUUUCGCGCUUUGGCUAGUUUCCGCUGUACCAAAUUCGUGUGCCUCUGCGGAAAGUUCGGUCAUGUGCAUGUCUGACAGUUUUAUUCAUUAAACUUAUGUUUUCUAUUUGUUCCUAGCUAAAUGAGAAAUGUACAUCGGAGAGAAAUCGGUUUUCCCAGCUCUGGGUUGGGCGAUGACUGCCUGUCAUGUAAUUCUGCGACUUCAAUGACCGUCACUUCCUUAGUUUUUCUAAAAUGAUGUUAGGAUUUUCUGCUGCUGGUGUGACGGG